AUGAACUCACGUUCACAAGAACAAGCACCAAAUACACUUGUGCUUGUUCGAGUAACCAAGAGAAUACACGAGGCGUAUUUUGCUCGAUUCUAUCUCACAAAGGUAUCAACUGAAAAUGAGUGUGUUAGCUUUGACCUUCGUCCCUCUAAUGCCAUUAAUAUUGCUGUGAGGUGCAAGGUGCCAAUACAAGUGAACAAAUUCUUGGCACAUAGUGAUGGGAUGAAGGUUGUUGAAUCUGCAAAGGUUUCAUUCCAGGGUUCUCCAAAUGGUUUAAUUUUUAAAGAACUUGACCGACCAAGUGGACAGCCUUGUAUUGAAACCAAGGAGUUUAAUCUUGUAAGAAACAUGCUUAUUACUGUUGUUGAAGAACGUUAUAGAGAUGCUUCUCAAUGGAGGGACAAGCUUACUCAAUUCCGAUCAAAGAAGAACUGGGCAUAA